GUAAAAAACUGGCCCGAGUUCGAUGAUUUGAAAAACAAAGUAAAAAAAAUAACUUUUACACUUUACAGAGAAGAGUAAAGGACAGAAGAAAGAGGUAAUAGCACGCUAGCAAGCUGAUGAAAAAGUCACAAUCAUGAAUUUUGGAAUAAAUUCAUGUGGCGAAUAAAGAAAGUUCCAACUAACAUCACACAUAUGGAUCAACUAGCAAGCUAAUGCGUUCAGUUUUUUCCUUCUUUUUUUUUUUUUUUUGCGUGGAUGGGAUUAUAUAUUUUAUAUAUCAUCAGAGUGCGGUGGGACGUUAAGUGGGAGAGAAAUUAAGAUAUAUGAUGAAUAUAUAUGUCGUACUAUUAGACAGUGAGAGAGAUUAAGAGCUGAGAUCUCCUCCAAACAUGUCGCUUUUUACUUCAUCUUCUUUUUUAUUGGUUUUCCAUGUUAUUCCUUUACUUGCUGUUCUCCUCCUUUUCUUCACACAUCCCAAUGUUCUAAGAUCUUCUACUUCUUCUUCUUCUUCUUGGACUGUUACAUGGAACUUUCCUUCUUCUUCUUCUUCAAUAAGUAGAGCUUUUUAUUCUUGGGUAGAGGUACAACCUGCUAAUGGCUUAUCUAAUGAGACUAUUGAUAUUGUAGCUUCUCAUCAUGAAGUGGCUACUGCUCAUCAACAACCUCCUCCCCCCUUUUCAUCAGCUCUAACUCCAGCUCCAACUCCAACUCCUGCUCCAUCUCCAACUGUCACAAAAUUAGAUGGUGAAGAGGAGAGUACGGAAGACAGGAAUAUUUCAUCAAGUAGCACAACUGGAAGAGCAAGUGUUGCUAAUAAAACAGUACUCACCAGAUUGCAAAAAAUCGAAAGGAGUUUGCUUAAGGCCCGGUCUUCCAUAAGAGAAGCAGCAGCAGCAGCUGGUGAUAAUUAUCAACAACUAAUAAUUAGAAACUCAUCAUCAAUAUCAUCAUCGAAAGGCACAACUUUAUUAAUCGAUGCAGACGAUGACCCAGAUUACAUUCCUCGCGGACCCAUUUACAGGAACUCAAAGGCUUUCCAUAGGAGUUACUUGGAGAUGGAGAAGCUGUUGAAGAUAUAUGUGUAUGAAGAAGGAGAGCUUCCAAUUUUCCAUAACGGUCCAUGCAAAAGCAUUUACUCUUCAGAGGGAACUUUUAUUCAUGAAAUGGAGAUGAAUCAAGUGUUCCGUACAACUGACCCUAAUGAGGCUCUCCUUUAUUUCCUCCCUUUCAGUGUCAGCAUGAUGGUUUCCUAUCUCUAUGACGCUGCUGAUCGUCAAAAUUUAAAUGGGAUUAAGGUUUCUGUCACUGACUACAUCAAUUUGAUUGCCAACAAAUACCCUUUUUGGAAUCGAAGUCUUGGUGCUGACCAUUUCAUGCUCUCAUGCCACGAUUGGGGACCAAGGACCUCAUCAUUCGUUCCUAAUUUAUACCACAAGUCCAUUAGGGUUCUAUGCAAUGCAAACACAUCCGAAGGAUUCAAUCCAUCAAAAGACGCAUCCCUACCAGAAAUCAACAUCCUGACCGGAGAAACUCCCUCCAUCGGAGGUUCGUCUCCUUCUACUCGAACCGUUCUUGGAUUCUUCGCCGGACAUCUUCAUGGCUAUAUAAGGUACUUGCUUUUGCAGCAAUGGAAGAACAAAGACAGAGAUCUGCAAGUCUACGAGGAACUUCCGAGAGGACUUUCCUACCAAACCAUGAUGAAGAAGAGCAAGUUCUGCUUAUGUCCAAGUGGGUAUGAAGUAGCGAGCCCUAGAAUUGUGGAAGCCAUUUAUGCUGAGUGUGUUCCUGUGUUGAUUUCUGAUGGAUAUGUGCCACCUUUCAGUGAUGUUUUGAAAUGGAAGUCGUUUUCAGUGAUGGUGAAAGUGAAGGACAUCCCAAAUAUCAAGAACAUUUUGAUGGGAAUUUCUCAAAGGCAGUACUUGAGAUUGCAUAGGAGACUGAAGCAAGUUCAAAGGCAUUUUGUGGUCAAUAGUCCUCCUAAGAGAUAUGAUGUUUUUCAUAUGAUUUUGCACUCUGUUUGGCUUAGGAGAUUAAACAUUCGCAUUGAUGAUUUAGAUCCCUAAUUAAUCAACAAUUAAAUCGAAAACAAAGAAAUACUUUUUUUCUUAAAAAAAAAAAUUUUUGUUUUUUUGGAGAUUGACUCUACCUAUGGUGCAAUAAAGCUUGUUUUGCAUGAAUUGUUGGUCA